AAAUUGGUAUGUGUGGGAGGCAGAUGUGUUUCUUCUUUGUGAAGAGGAUCUGGGCACGUCGGUCAGAAGGUUGGUCUGCAGGUGCACACUCCUGUCUCUAAAGGAGUUAGCAGCACAACCAGGAUCAAAUCCUCACUCUGCCCCUAACUAGAAUGUGAACUCAGACAAAACCUUUAACCUCUCUGCAGAUAGGGUCCUCACCUUCAUAAGAAAUGCAGUAGUGUCUGCCUCUUGAACUUGUGAGGGAUAACAAAGUUAAUUUAUGUGUGGCCUUUGUAGCAGUGAGUAAUCUUUUUUGUGUUCUUAAAUGGUUACACAUCCAACUAUUCGAUGCCUUUAAGAGAAAAAGGUUAACUCAGUAUUCCAUUUGGAACUGUUGAUAGUGGAGAAUGUUGGAGAUCCCCUGACAUGAUACCUAUGGCUUAUACCUCCUAUUCCCAUGCAGGGUCCUCUUGUUCAGAAGACAAAGACCAAUCACUGAGAACACACAGCAUGGCCACCAAGGAUUUUGUAGUAGGGAUGACCUUUUUACUACAGACUGUAAUUGGAGUCCUGGGGAAUUUCUCUCUGCUUUAUUAUUAUCUCUUCCUCUAUUUCACUGGGUGCAGGCUGAGGCCUACAGAUUUGAUGGUCAUAAACCUAAUUGUGGCAAACUCCUUGGUUCUCUUUUCUACUGGAAUCCACUAUACAAUGUCAUCUUUUGGGCGGUAUCAUCAUCUUCAUGAUUUUGGAUGCAAAUUUUUCCCCUAUUUACGUGGAGUGGGAAGGGGUGUGUCCAUUGGCACCACCUGCCUCCUGAGCAUCUUCCAGGCCAUCACCAUCAGCCCCAUGAACUCCAGGUGGGCAGAUCUUAAAGUAAAAGCUCCCAAGUACAUUGUUGUUUCAGUUUUCCUGUACUGGGUUCUGCAAAUGCUGGUAAAUGUUAUUGCUCCUAUAUUUAUGUCUAGCAAUUUGAGCAACAAAAACAUCACAGACAGAAAGUUGUUGGGAUUCUGUUCCCAUCUUCAUCCAGAUAAAACCAAAGACUCAUUAUUUGCAGUGUUGUUAACAUCCCCUGAUGUUGUAUGUUUCAUGCUUAUGCUCUGGGCCAGCGGCUCCAUGGUCUUCAUCCUGCAUAGACACAGGCAGAGAGUCCGACAUGUUCAUAGGACCCCUGUCUCCUCCCGAUCCUCCCCUGUGUCCAGAGCUACCAAAACCAUCCUUCUCCUGGUGAGCACCUUUGUCUUUUUUAACACACUUUCCUCCAUUGUUCUUAUUGUUAUAUCUAUUUUGAACAAUUCCAGCUUAUUUCUCCCUGACAUCUAUGUAUUAAUCACUCUGUGUUUCCCAACUGUCAGUCCCUUCCUGCUCAUGAUCCGUGGCUCAAGUGUCUCCAGACUCAGCUUUGCCUGGAUAAGGAAUGUAAAAUGUCCUAAUCUUAUGGGAAAUACAUAAAUUAUAUGUAUUUUAAUAGUAUGAAACUUAACUUGUAAAUUAAUUAAAUUGUAUGUAUGUUAAAUCUAUUACACUAAAUCAUCCAGAAAUGAACUAGCAUAGAAUUGUAAGAAAAUUUAUGUGACUGGGCAUCAGGAGGUGGCAGGUCACCCCUGAAGCUGAAGCCAUUGGUGCUGGAGGGAAAUUCAGUCCAUGAGGAAGCUUGUGGGAGUCAGUUAUGGUCUUGUGCAUGACACCCCUGGAGAAGCAGUCAUUUAUUAGAAAUAUGAUGUUAUAAAUGGAUGAUCUUAGAAAUAAAUUCUGGUAGAAAUGACCAGAUUGAGCUGGGUGGGGCAAAGGAAUGCAUAUUACUUUUUAGCUUAUGUUUUAACCAUAUCAGUUGAUUGUGACUUUUUAAAAAAUGUGAAUUGCACAGAAUUGGUAUCUGUGGGAGGCAGAUGUGUUUCUUCUUUGUGAAGAGGAUCUGGGCAUGUUGGUCAGAAGGUUGGUCUGCAGGUGCACACUCCUGACUCUAAAGCAAUGGCGUCCAUGGUGGGGACUUCCAUAAAAUCUGGAGCAGUGCAAUGAGAGGCAUUUGAAAAGAAAAUAAGAAAUCUAUAUUAUUCAUGUGGGGUUUAGGGCUCCUUGAGUUUUAGAAAGCAAAAUGGAUAUAUCCUCAAUUUCCUGAGAGAUUUUUGUAUAGCUUUUUCUGGAUUUACAAUUGGAACUUGAUGCAAAGUAUUGACAAUUCAAUAAUUUGAGAAAGAAAGAAAUUAUUUUGACCUCAUGGGCCAAUUAUAGUUGUCAUUCAUCAAUCAAUAUACUGGAAGGUUGCACAUUAUAGAAAUUUAAAAUAAUACCAGUAAAAAUCUUAGUGUGUGCAUUAUCCUAUGUGUAUAUUGUAAUGCUAGUUGUUUAAGUGUUUAAAAUCCAUAGAAAUAUGUAUUAUAUGUUCAUUAUCGCACUGUAUCUCUUGAAAAAAUGA